CAAAGAUUAUUUCUUACGAAGAAAAAACGUAAUUCCAAAGGAAAAACAUAAUCUUGAGUGAUUUCAAAGAGAAUUGUGUUUCAAUCAAAUUUCAUAUUCCAAAUAACCAUUCCAAAUCCAUCAGGUUUUUUCAGAAAUAUGGCCUUCUCUUCUGAAAGUCCUGCCGAAGGGAAGCAAAGUAAAUUUUUCAGACCUAAAAGUAAGGUGACAGGACUUAGAAGUGGUUUAAUUGAAAUUUGGGAUUCAUCAUCAGAUGCUAACAGUGUUCAAGAAUCCGUUGAAUGGCUUGAAAAUAAACAUUUACUUGAAAGUACUUUUGAGAAACUACAAUCCUACCUGAAAGUUGGCAAUCCAGAAUGCAUACAGUCAAAUGUUUAUGACUUCUGUGACAAAGAAAUAUAUGAUAGUAUAUCCCAUGCAAAGAUUUUAUUUGACGAAUUCAAACUUGAAGAUAUUGCAGUGUCCAGAGGGAGGGCUAAUGUUUUCGAAAGGAUCAGGUCAUUAUUCUUUAUGAACAGAGCAGCUUUAAAAUUAGCUAACAUCGAUGCUGUUACAAAUUUCAUGUUCACCAAUGUUGAAAAAAAUAUUUAUCACGGUGAUUCAAAGGGACCAUUCUAUUUUGCCGAUGUUUGCGCAGGACCCGGCGGAUUCACCGAGUAUAUUCUAUGGAGAAAAUCUUGGCUUUAUAAGGGUUUCGGAUUCACACUCAAAGAUGACCAUGAUUUCAAGUUACAUGAAUCACGUUGCGCAUCAACAUUUUCAUUCCAAACUUUUUAUGGUUCAACAGGUGAUGGUAAUAUCUGUUGUCCAGAUAACAUAACGGACUUCAAGAGGAAAGUUUUAUUUCAAACGAACCAGGAAGGUGUGCAUUUCAUGACAUCGGAUGGUGGCUUCAGUGUUGAAGGAAAUGAGAGUCUGCAAGAGGUUUUAUCGAAAAAUAUUUAUGUAUGCCAGUGUCUAGUAGCAUUAGAAAUUGUGAGAAGCCACGGCUAUUUUGUUACCAAAAUGUUUGAUGUAUUCACCAGAUUUAGUGUUGGUCUCAUAUAUUUGAUGUAUAGGUGUUUUAAAAGAGUUACAAUUGUAAAACCAAAUACCUCAAGACCAGCAAAUGGUGAAAGGUACCUCAUUUGUUACGACCUUCAGAAAAACGAGGAAGUAGAAAAUAUUCGGGAAUAUUUGAGGUUCAUCGCGAAAAAAUUAUGGGAUUUGAAAGGUGUGGAACAAAAUGAUAUAUUGGAACUUGUACCAAUGAGAACAAUCAAGGAGGAUUCAACAUUUUCUAAUUAUAUCUUGGACAGCAAUAACAAACUAGGAAAACGGCAAAUUGAAGCUUUAAAAAAGUUGAGAAUGUUUUGCAAGAACUUGAGUCUACAAGAUCCCAGACAGUAUGAAUUUCGUAAAAAAUCUUUAGAUUUUUGGCAAUUGCCAGACAGAACGAGAAGUGAUUUCGAGGAAGAAAAUAAGAAAAAGAUCCUAUUGAUGGAUGAUUAUUUGGAGAAAACAGAUUGGUUGAAACUUCCUCCAUUACCUAUCGAGGAUAAGAAGUUCCUACAAAACCUUUGCAGUCACGAAGAGGAGUGGUUAUUUUGUGCACUUUAUUCUACACGCGAAAAAAAUAAAUGUAAUAUAUACGCAGGAUUUGGAUCCAAAACUUGUAGGUGGCAGGAUAAAGGGUGGGUUAAAAUUAAAAACCUCAAAUUGAGCCCAGGAACUAUUCUUUAUGGGGAAAUAGUGAAGGAAACCUUGACAUUUGACAUAGCAGAUGAAGAUAGCGAUCAUUACAGACAUUGUCUUCACAUAAUAGAUGCUAUGUAUUUGGGAGAUAUUUGUUUGACAGAGCUAUCAUUUUCGAAUAGGAUGGAUUUAAUAACCAUAUACGCAGAGUCUCUGAACCAGGAAUUCGAUGAGAAAAGAAUUCGAAUUAGAAAAAAACCAAUUCAUCCGCUCAACUCAACGUCUCUUUCGAGUAUAAUCCACAAAGAUUCUGAUGACUUAGUUUAUCAGUAUAUUUUACCCACCCUUGGAUUCAAGAGUCAGAGAGAAUGGCAUAGGAUAAAUUCAAUUAUGUUUAUGAAAGGACGAAGAUUAUCAGAAGAUGUUCCGCAGCAGUUAAUGUUUGCUCUGCGUUCUCAGCUUUUUUUGGACGACAGUGAUGCUGGAUUUUUCGAUACUUUAAUCGUAAAGUUAACUGAAACUGCUUCAAGAUGAGGAAGGCCUGAUGCCAUCACCUGGGCAACUUGGAAUCUCGUGAAGUUCUGACCAAACAAUAAGUACACAUGAGUUAAUCAUAUUCCAUCUUACCUCAAUUGGAAUACAAAAAAUGCAUACAUAUUACAUUCAGAGUGUACUAUUUUUUAUAUAUAAUAAUAAUAAUAAU